AUGGUUCCAAGUGAUAAGCAGCUAAAGGAUCCAUCAAUUCGAGCUAUUCGUCCAGGGGAUCAUCCAGAUGUUGUCGGAUGUUUAUGUGCUGUGGGUGAUGUUGAGAUUGUUGGAGGUGGUUGGAAAAAAAGAGAUAUCAGAGUUUUAACAAAUUAUUCGAUCACAUCAAAGAUUACUUUGUGGGGAAACUUGGGGGAAACGUUCAAUCUAGAUUUGUACAAUAAAGAUGAUGGUCCAUUUAUUGUGAUAGUAACUUCUACAACCAUUAAAAAAUUUCGAAGUGAAGUUAGCUUCUCUACCACAAGUGCAAGUAAAAUUUACAUAAAUCUUCAAAUAGAUUAUGUACCAUCAUUAAUCGAAAGAUUUUCCACCAUCUCUAAUGGUGUGAAAACUAUUGCAAGUUCUAAUAUGAAUAAGACUACCCUUGAGGAAGAUAUGUUCGAGAACAGGAUGACCAUUGAAGAACUAUUACAAGCUAAUUGGAGUGGUGAAUUGAAGGAAUAUAUUGUUACUCUGAGAGGCAAAAUUAUAGAAAUAGACAACUCAUUUGGAUGGUACAAAAUACAUAUAAAAGUCAUGGACAAAACUGCAAACACUACUUUGGUCUUAUUUAAUGUUGUGGCUGAAAAGUUACUAGAUACAUCAGCGCACAAAUUGUUUAAUGAAUUGUCUUCAAAUAAUAAUGAUGUUCCUGUAGAGAUUCAAAGCCUUUGUGGGAAAGAUUUUGUUUACAAGUUGAGGUUGAAUGACUAUAAUUUAAAAGAGGGACUUGAGAAUUUUACUAUAUCAAAGGUUUUCAUGCCAGAUGAGAAAUUGGAACAACAACAUCAAUUGAAGAAAGGAAAAAAUAAGGUAAUGUUACUUAUGCUAAGUUCAAUUUAUCCUCAUAAUGCCAAUGAUUUAGAAGAUUCUGAUGGAGAUUAUCACAAGAAAAAAAAGAGAAGAAACGAAAUGGUUGAUGGUCAUGAUGAAGUUAGGGAUGAUGAAAAUACUCAAUAA